AUGGCCAUGCCAUGCCAUUGCUCUUCCCCGUCUUUGCUAUCCACUGUACACUCUCCCUUGAACCUUCCCGCGAGUGAUCGACUUAUCUCGUGUGGCGAUCCACUUUCGAUCGUAUUCGCACCUUAUUUUUGGUACUGGGUAUCGUCGAUUGUCGGUUCACCUCGUACUCGCGCCACUCCUCGGUCCCCUCCUCUAUAUAUCGCUGGAGAAGCCCUUGCUGCUACAGUCGUUCCUCUUGGCUCUUCUCUCCACUGCCUGGUACUACAGUUGAUGCUCGCAAUCACCGUCCAAAUGGAUCUCUCCUCCCUCGAAGGCCCGCCGAUGCUCGAUAACACGUUCUCCAGUCCAGCCUUAAGCACACACAGCGUCCCUCACAUUCGCCUUGAGGAUGUCACAAGCCCAGUGAGCCCGCUAGACUCGAACAGUUGGGAUCUUCCGCCUCGGCCCGCCUCCACGAGCGCAAUCCCUCCCCGCAGCAAGUACCCAAACAUUUCGUCCAAUGGCUUCUGGCAAAGUAUGCAUCCGGACUCUAGCAGCGCCAGCAACCAUGUAACAACCGCGCCGAGAUCACAUCCGGCUGAACCGUCUAGUCAUGCAGCUUCGUAUAGACCAUCAACGGCGAGCAAUCUGAAUACACACACCAACACCAGCGUCGGUCUUUCAACAGCCAUAUCCUCACCACAACCAACGCGAUCCAUCGCUCGGCCCCAUUCAAGCAGCCUAUCCACCCCCCACCAACUCGUCUGGGUUGAAAGCGAGCAGAUCUGGAUCCUUACAACCCGCACAACACCUUCAACAUUAACGCCACCUCACCACCUUCACCCGCAUUACCGCUCCCAUCCUUCAUUAGCCCCAGCUCCGAAUCCAAGUUUUGCGACUAGAACAGGCGCGCCGAGUACAUUGUCGCAUUCACGGUCAAUGGAACUGAAUUCUUCAACGUCGAUAACGGAGUUCUGGGGUGAUAUCAACGAUCCCGAAGAUCUGCCGCCGCCGUAUGAGCAGCAUAUCUUUGAUCGGCCGCUAGGACCGAUUCUGCCGGCUGUGCGCAGGGUGCCGCGUGAGGAAGUACAACAAAUCCGGGAGUCGAGGUGGUCAGCGGUUGGGAGGAGGGUUACAUAA